GAAGCUAACAGGCUAACCUCAGCGGUGGAAGCAGUACCAGGCUCCGGUGACAAAAACAAGAUCCUCGGCAGCGACUUUGACGCCCGGGAAUCGAACAUGGGGAAAGGCGGAGGCACCUUCGAGAGGCUCAUCGAUAAAGCCACCAGUCAGCUGCUGCUGGAGACCGACUGGGAAUCCAUCCUGCAGAUCUGUGAUCUCAUCCGACAAGGAGACACACAGGCUAAAUAUGCCAUCGGAGCCAUUAAGAAGAAGCUGAAUGACAAAAAUCCACACGUGGCCCUGUACGCACUGGAGGUGCUGGAGUCCGUUGUGAAGAACUGUGGCCAAACAGUCCAUGAUGAGGUGGCAAGUAAACAAACUAUGGAGGAACUGAAGGAUCUGCUCAAGACGGAACCUAAUGUCAGAAACAAGAUCCUUUACCUGAUCCAGGCCUGGGCCCACGCCUUCCGCAAUGAACCCAAAUACAAGGUGGUUCAAGACACUUAUCAGAUCAUGAAAGUAGAAGGUCAUGUGUUCCCUGAGUUUAAGGAGAGUGACGCAAUGUUUGCAGCUGAGAGAGCCCCAGACUGGGUGGAUGCAGAGGAGUGCCAUCGGUGCAGAGUCCAGUUUGGAGUCAUGACAAGAAAGCACCACUGUCGAGCCUGUGGCCAGAUUUUCUGUGGCAAGUGUUCGUCUAAGUACUCCACCAUUCCGAAGUUCGGCAUUGAGAAGGAAGUGCGUGUUUGUGAGCCCUGCUUUGAGCUGCUCAACAACCACCCCUCCCUCUCCCCCCCACUCAGGAAAGCUGAAGUCAAAGCCCCGAGUGCCACAGGAACUCCUGAGCUGCCUCCUGAGUACCUGACCAGCCCUCUGUCCCAGCAGUCGCAGAUGCCACCCAAGAGAGACGAGGCCGCCCUGCAGGAGGAGGAGGAGCUGCAGCUGGCCAUCGCCCUGUCCCAGAGUGAGGCCGAGGAGAAGGAGCGUGCGAGGCAUAAGAACUCGUACUCGGUGUAUCCCAAAGCUGACCCCACCCCAGUGACCUCCUCAGCACCACCCGUCAGCACCCUCUACACCUCCCCUGUGAACUCCUCUGCUCCGUCAGCUGAAGAUGUCGACCCUGAGCUGGCCCGAUACCUGAACAGAACAUACUGGGAGAAGAAGCAGGAAGAGGCUCGCAAAAGUCCCACCCCAUCGGCCCCGGCCCCUGUGCCACUAGCUGAGCCCCUGCCAGCAGUCACUCAGCCGGUAGAGACUCACGUCCCGGUGCAGCCAGUCAGCAUAGUGGAGCAGCCGUACCAGAAUGGAGAGUCGGAGGAGAACCACGAGCAGUUUGUGAAGGCUCUGCAGAACGCCGUCUCCACUUUCCUUAACCGGAUGAAAAGCAACCACAUGCGUGGCCGCAGCAUCACCAAUGACAGCGCCGUGCUCUCCCUCUUCCAGUCCAUCAACAACAUGCAUCCACAGCUCCUGGACAUCCUCAACCAGCUGGAUGAGAAACGAUUGUACUACGAGGGGCUGCAGGACAAGCUGGCUCAGGUGCGAGACGCCCGGGCCGCUCUCAACGCCCUUCGUGACGAACACAGGGAGAAGCUGCGUCGUGCUGCAGAAGAAUCAGAGAGGCAGAGGCAGAUCCAGCUGGCACAAAAACUGGAGAUAAUGAGGCAGAAAAAACAGGAGUACCUGGAGAUGCAGAGACAGCUGGCCAUCCAGCGCCUCCAGGAGCAGGAGAAGGAGAGGCAGAUGCGCCUGGAGCAGCAGAAGCACACAAUCCAGAUGAGAGCCCAGAUGCCUGCGUUCUCCAUGCCCUACACCCAGAUGCAGUCUUUGCCCCCGAACGUGGCAGGAGGGGUGGUGUACCAGCCUGGAGCCCCCCCCAGCUACCCCGGCACCUUCAGCCCUGCUGGUUCUGUGGAGGGUUCACCAAUGCAUAACAUGUAUAUGAACCAGCCUGGGCAGGGUGCACCUCCACAGUAUCAGGCCAUGCCCGGCCCCCCCACAGAUCCAAAUAUGGUUAACGCGUACAUGUACCAGCCUGCCGGCACAAAUGGGCAGCCUGGUCCUCCCCCUGGUCAGGCUCCGCCCACUACAAGUCCACCCUACUCCAACUAUCAACCCACGCCCACACAGGGCUACCAGGUCCCUCAGACCCAGAGUCUGCCUCCCAUGGCCCAGCCUGCACCCACGAAUGGUAUGAGUUACAUGGGCUACCAGCCGUACCCCAUGCAGAACAUGAUUUCAGCAUUGCCAGGACAGGACCCCAACAUGCCCCCCCAACAGCCAUACAUGCCAGGCCAGCAGCCCAUGUACCAGCAGGUGGCUCCCCCUGGUGCCCCUCAGCAGCAACAGCAGCAGGUGGCGCAGCAGCAGACCCCUCAGGCGGUGCCGGGCAGCGCCGAGGCUCAGCUCAUCUCCUUCGACUGAACACCCCCCCCCCCCCCAGGCGCCAGAGUCCCACACACUACGUCCUCUCUCUUCCUUUGGUCUUUCCUCCCCCGCUCUGGACUUCCAGGAUGCCCUCUGGAAACACACACACACACACACACACACACACACACACACACACACACACACACACAACCUUCCACCUAGCUAUGAUGUUGUGGCAAACGUGAAAUAUUGUGAUGAUGUUGCGCUCCUAGCCCCCCCCCCCACCCACUGAGUUACAGGAACAUGAGGUGGAAGCUGUGAGAGAGGGCACCUUAACCCAGACCCCCUCCUCCCUCCUCCCUCCUCCCUCCUCCCUCCUCCCUCCUCCCUCUUUCCACCUGACAUGUAUUUAGUACUUCCUUAUCAAAUUAAUAACUGAAGCUCAGAAAUAGUUGUGGUAUUAAAGUUAAACAUGAAUAACGAAAUAUAACAAACCAGAAGAAAAAAUAUAUAACCAUCCUUUGUCGCAUAUUUUUAUAAAGCAAAAUUUGCAUGUUAAAUUUCAAUUACUCUCUGGAAUGGAAGUUAAUUAUUUCAGUUUGGGGAGCACCUGAGAGACACCAGAGUUUGUGCUUUUUUGAAGGUUUUGGUUCUGUGGAAAGAGAACAAUGUCUCGGGAUCACAGUCACAGUCACAGAGAUGAACGGCACUAACUCUCCACGUCCGUCAGGUUCACCACAUUCCACUCGUAGUUUUCAGUUCCAUCCGUUCUUUGCGCACAGACACUCACACACGAGGGUCCUCUUCUCUUGCUUUGGCAUUUAUUUGUUGUGCACUGCUAAGACUUUUAAGUGUUUUAAUGUUGUUUCUGAGAUGAUGAAACAGGGAUUAUACACUGUGGGGGGGGGGGGUAUGAGAAAAGUAGCUUGAUGGUUAUUUUAUCCUCAGUAAAUCCACAUUAAGAAAUAUGUCAUUGAAAUCAAACAACUAGAAUCCAUUAAAUUCACAUAGUAAAGCAAUCCAGCAACUCUAAAAGCAUCAGUUCAUCCUUUUUAUUAAAAUAACUUACGGAACGUACAGUGAAGAACAUAACGAAGCAUGGGAUGCUGCAUCGUGUUUGCAUUUAGUUAUUACAGUCACAGUUGAGGGUAACAACAUUAGAACUACAGGUGGGCAUCCUUAUUAUUUUUUUCAAGUGUACUUUGCUCUCCAGGUGAUUAGAAGUUAUGGGUGAACAUGAUGUGCUGCAUGUAUGUAUGUAUCACCGCCCAUUCAGUGAUUUCUCUAGCCGGUCAGUUGCCAUCUGUGAACUUCUUUAUUCCAUCAUACUGAUCUGUCUGACUUACAAAGUAAUUUUCAAAUUAUAUUUAAUAAAUAUCUGGUUCCUAUUGUC